AAAAAUUGAAAAGCUACUAUAAUAUCUAUCAGUCGGAGAGAAGCGUCGUCUAAUUCAUAUCAAAGGCAAUAUCUAUUUAAAAAUAAUAUUUAUAGUGGUAUUAAAAAAAAAAUUUAUUAUAUGAAAUUUGAGUAAUAAGUAUGAGUUAACAAAAGCUUAGUUAGUCAGCCGUGAAAUUAAAGAUAAAUGAGCAGAUUACCAUUCGUGUCAGAGAUGAAGUUACAAUAAGAACCCCUUAGAAGUCAAGGUCGCUGUGUAGUGAAUUCUCUAGUUUAGCGAUGUGAUUGUGCAGUCCAUUCACGACGUAAUUUGUGGACGAUUUGGCGGUAUUAAGCAGGCGUUUGGAUCUCAACGUUAGAAGAAGGAUAUAUCAUCAAUUUGACGGCGAGAUCUGAGAAUAUCGACUAGAGCGUUGAGAUUUUUGUACUUUUCAAUAAAAUUUAACAGAGUAUCAAGAUCAAAUGACCGAUCCAUAUUCUAGUAUAGGUUGGUCAAGUAAGUAACAGGCACUAAGCAGCGAACGAGGAUCAGCAAAAUCUCGCAGGUUCUCGUAAUGCAGCCCGACAUCUUAUAUCUUUUCGUUCUAAAAAUUUUCAGAUCAUCAGCAUAGCGCAGGUAAUCUGAAUUGAAGUUGGAUCCAAUAUCAUUAAUAAAUAUGUUAAACAGACCUACAUGUGAUCCUUGUUGUAUUCUUGUUUUCACGUCGUAACUACAUAUCGCUCAUUUGCUGCAACGUCGUCAUAACUCAAAAAACGUGAUUUUUGAGUUAAUAAUGCAGAAUUGUUCGUUAUAUCAUACUUCAUAUUGAGUGAAAAAUUCAUAUGAAUACCUCUUAUAUGCUCCGCUUGAGAAGAGGUGUGAGGUUGGAGUCACCGUGUAAAGUUGUAGUAAGUUGAAAACUUUAAACGCGUUUUCUGGCGAAUCGAUUUUUUUGAGUUAUGACGACGUUGCAGCAAAUGAGCGAUAUAUCUAUACAUAUAUAACUAGAUAAAUGAUCUCAACUUGAAAUUGUCUACAUCUACAUACAUACAUAUGUAUAUGUUUAUAUAUACAAUAUAAAAGAAAGUCGUGUUAGUUACUCUAUUUAUAACUCAAGAACGGCUGAACUGAUUUGACUUAAAAUUAGUGGGGAGGUAUCUUAGAACCAGGGGACGGACAAAGGAUACUUUUUUCUCUUUAGAAUAAAAUGAAAUACAAUUUAUGAAGACAAAAAUUAUAUUUUAAAUAAUAAGCAUUUGUUUAAAAUUCAUGUUUGCAAGAAUUAUUUGAAUAUUUUAUUACUUAAAAAAACUAAUAAAACCACAUACAUAUUGUUACAAAAAGUAGUAUUAAGUUGUAUUUGUAUUACUAUAUGCAUCCCUGAUUAUGAACAAUAGCUGUAGGUAUAUGGAAUAGCAUUUGUCUUGUUGUAGACAUCUGGCGCCACACUGUCUGCUCGUCUAGUUAAACAAUUGCUGAGUCUGGCGCCGCGACUGUCUGCUUGCGUCUGGCGCCGUAUAGCCGUAUGUUCUGGUAAUUUCCAGACGCGAUAUUCUAGAAGGACACGUCGGCAUCAGCGAGAAGUGCGUGGCUAUAGCCGUAUGUUCUGGUAAUUUCCAGACGCGAUAUUCUAGAAGGACACGUCGGCAUCAGCGAGAAGUGCGUGGCUAUAUAAGCCGUGGCAGCGCCAACGUAAUCAAUCAGUGCUAAGAGUAAACUGCUAUAGUGUAGACGAGUUGUGAAAUAAAGAGUUGUUGAAUUAAAUUAAACAGUGUUGAUUUUAUUUGUCAAUCCAGAGAUACGAACCUAGCAAAGUAAACUAGCAAGAGUAAAUUCGUAACAAUUGGUGUCAGAAGUGGGAUUGUCAAAUAAUCCAAAUUCAAGAUGGUUAAAUUCGGAGAAUUGAGAAUUCAGCAAUUAAAAAAAGAACUGGAGGAGCGUAAUUUGCCGAUAAGCGGGCAAAAGGCGGAUCUGCAGGCACGAUUACGUGAAGCAAUGGAAGCGGAUGGAAUUAAUGUGGACGAGUUCGAAUUUAAUGGGCCAGAAACUUCUACAAAGGUAGAAGAAAAAGUAGAAGAACAACGAACAUCAUCAAGUGCAGACACGAACAUGCUGUUAGUGGCUAUUAAGCAAAUAAUAGCUGAAAAUACAUCACAAAUAGCAGAAAAUGCAGUGCAAACAGAAAAUCGUCUGGCACAGCAAAUAGCUGAAAAUAUAUCACAAAUAACAGAAAAUGUAGUGCAAACAGAAAAUCGUUUGGCGCAGCAAAUGACGCAAAUAGCUGAAAAUACAUCACAGUUAGAGUCUCGCCUUACACAACAGAUUACGGAAAAUACUACACAACUACAAAAACAAGUGCAAGAGAAAUUUUCAAAAUUUGAAGACGAAUUAAGCACUUUAAAAAAUGGCGAAGAAAAUUUAAAAUCAGAAGUUCUGCAAUUAAGUAAUCGUGUGCGAGAACUGCAACUACAUGGCCCUGCACCAUCAACAAAUAAUCAAAGAUUGAAGGCACCCACAUUCGAUGGAAGUAUUCCAUUUCAAAUUUUCAAACUUCAGUUUGAAAAGACAGCAACGGCCAAUAACUGGAAUGCAGCGGACAAAGUGGCGUCCUUGUUUGUAUCAUUGAAAGGACCGGCAGCAGAAAUCCUUCAGACUAUUCCAGACUGUGAACGGGACAACUAUGAGGCAUUGAUGAGUGCGAUAGAAAGACGAUAUGGUAGUGAGCACCGGAAACAAAUAUACCAGAUCGAACUGCAAAAUAGGGGUCAGAAAAUGAACGAGUCAUUGCAAGAGUUCGCAACUGAAAUAGAACGACUGGCUCAUUUGGCAAAUGCAGAUGCACCUGUGGAUUACAUUGAGAGGGUAAAAAUUCAAUGUUUCAUAAAUGGAAUUCGUGAUGUGGACACCAAACGCGCCACAUAUGCAAUGCCAAAAAGAACGUUUGCUGAAACGGUUUCGCACGCCCUCACACAGGAAACAGCUUCCCUACUAAGUAAACCAGCACACAAAGUACAAAGGAUUGAAAUGGAACAACCGGCGCUGAUGGAAGAAAUAUUGAAGACUCUGAAGACAAUUGCUGCACAGCGAGUAAAUACAACAAGCAGAUGUUUCAACUGUAGAAAAGCGGGUCACUUUGCCCGAAAUUGCAAGAUAAAAGUAAACCCAUCAAAAUGGAAACAACCAACAGAACACCGAAAGAGGAUUCACCACAAAAAUCCGGAUGCAUUAUCACAUCGCCCUUGUCCACUGGAAUUUAAACAUUGCUCCAAAUCAGAAGGAAAAGAAGGUAUAAUCGACGUGCGAUUACUGAAUAUAGAACCUGAAGAUGAUUGGACUCCUCACCGCAUCAGAAUCAAUCAGCUGGAGGACCCUGAUCUUGCAAAGCUGGUAAUGGCCAAAGAAAAUGGGGUACGACCACCAAAGGAACAAAUAAGUAGCGAGAGUCCAACUGCAAAAGCAUAUUGGGCCCAAUGGAACAGCAUAAACCUCGUUAAUGGAUACCUUCAUCGUACCUGGGAAAGCGAAGAUGGCAAACAUUCUCGUCUGCUGAUCAUAGUACCGAAGUCCAUGAUCCCAAAAGUAUUGAAAGAAUAUCACAAUGGACCUAGUGGAGGGCACCUUGGAAUUACAAAAACUAUAGAGAAGAUUAAACAACGGUUCUACUGGAUCGGUUGUCGAGAUUCCGUAGCAGAAUGGAUAAGUAAUUGCGUAGAGUGCAUGGCAGCUAAAGGUCCUAAAGCCAAAAGUCAUGAACUCUUCAAUAAAAUAUUUCUAAACAUCAUUGAAAACCACUAUAAUAAUGAAUGGUUUAGUGAGCGAACCAUUUUUGCGGCUAAGAAUAAAGAUAUAGAUGAUUUAAACUUCAUAGUUCAGAAUGAAAUCAAAGGUUCACUGAAUUCUUUCAAAUCAAUUGACAAUGACCAUUCCAAGGAUCCCGAUGAUUUCAACCGACAUGCCGUUUGA